AUGGCCUAUGAGAGAGAAGAUCAUGAGACUCAAUACUGCUUUCCUGACAUUAACUCAUCAUGCAUCAAGAUAAAACGCUCCACACAUGAAUACAAUAUCAUGUAUGUGUUUUUUUCAUUGCUGUCAGUAUGGACUGUGUUUCUGAAUCUGCUGGUGAUCAUCUCCAUCUCUCACUUCAAGAAGCUUCAUACUCCAACCAACAUGCUAAUUCUCUCUCUGGCUGUGUCUGACCUGUUCAUAGGACUUAUUGUCAUGCCCUUGGAAGCGAUUAAGUUGAUUGAAACAUGUUGGUACUUUGGAGACACUUUCUGUAGACUGUUUAUAAUAACGACAGGGCUGCUUUUCUCUGCAUCUUUAAGUAAUUUAGUUUUUAUAGCUGUUGACCGUUAUGUGGCUGUGUGUCAACCUUUGGUGUACCCACAGAAAAUUACAAUGACUAGAACAAUAAUUAUUAUCUGUAUUUCCUGGUUAUACUCUUCAGUGUAUAACAUUGCAAUUGGUAUGAGUAUCUCACAUAGAAAAUACACAUGUUAUGGAGAAUGUGUAAUUAUCAUUACUUUUGCCUGGACAACCGCUGACAUGUUCCUGUCUUUACUGUUUCCUUGUACCUUCAUUAUAACUUUAUAUUUGAGAAUCUUCUAUGUCGCACAUCAGCAAGUGAAAGUUAUAAACUCUCUGAUGAGGAGUGGAAAACAUCUAACAGAAGGUUCAGUGAGAAGGAAAUCUGAGAGCAAAGCCGCUCUGACAUUAGGAAUCAUUGUGACGGUUUAUCUGUUUUCCUGGAUUCCCUAUUACAGCUUAACCCUAACACCAAACACAAGCAUGACUUCUGCUACAGCCUAUAUUUUGUUAUGGAUGUUGUAUAUUAAUUCAGGUCUGAAUCCUCUCAUCUAUGCUAUAUUUUACCCCUGGUUUAGAAUGUCAGUUAAACACAUCCUAAAUCUAUCCAAAAUAUUUAAGACAGCCACUACACUACUUUGAAUAUGCAGCCAGCACUUUCGUCAGGAAGAUUUUGAGUACUGUUUUCAGCCCAGUUUUUCCGCGGACUCAGGUAAUGUAAAAUUGUUAAAAUAUCUAAAACAUCAUUUGGCUUAGUUGUUGCUUGUUUUGUGUAACUACGGUAAACAUACUACGUAGAAAGAUAUUAUCAUGUUGUUGUUAUUAUAAACACGAGCAAAGCAAGCUAACGUUAGCUCCUGUGCAGCUGUCAAUCAAAAACGUUAUCAUCUACUGUCAAUCAUCUCGCCUCAAGACCCGCCUCCAUUUAGAACAUUCAGAAUUAAUGUAGUCGUGCAUUUUUCUUCCGGUGAUUUGAUGACGCGUCAACUCACCGUUACUGUAGCAGUUAAAAGCUUUAAUUUUUUAUAUGGAGUUAGUACAUUUGA